CGGAAGUUCAGAUGACAGACCGGAAAUGUGCACCAAUGUUAUUAUUCCUACCGCUCUUGUGCGGAGCUAGCUAACAUAUUCAUUCCUAAUUUCCACCAACAUUCAUGAUACUGUCUGUGCUGCUGUGAAGGGUUAGGUAAAGAUGGAUGCAUUGGAUCACAUGUUAACAGACCCACUAGAGUCUGGGAUGGACCAGGAUGGACGUGUGAUGGAAGAAUGCAUGUUGGGAAACUGUAGAGUUCGGGUUCCUGAAGAUUUGCUGGAGGACCCAGAGAUAUUCUUCUCAGUGUUAAGUGAAAGUACAUGGACAGAUGUGCUCACAGACGCUCAACGGACACAUCUUCGUCAACUCCUGCCUCAGUUCUCAGAUAAUAACAUCUCAGAACAGAACAACAUCAUCAGCGACCUUUUCAACAACCAGAAUUUCUUCUUCGGAAACCCCUUGCACAUUGCCCAGAAGCUGUUCAGAGAUGGUUACUUUAACCCAGAGGUGGUCAAGUACAGACAACUUUGUGCCAAAUCGCAGAAAAAAAGGCACAUCUACUCCCUUCAACAAUACUACCACAAAUUACUCAAGCAGAUCCUGGUUUCUAGAAAGGAGUUGCUGGAUUUGGCGGUCCGCAGUGGACCUGAGCUUGCGGUAAAACGGCGGUACCCUGUCCCCUCUCAUAAGGAAAUGCUAGAGCAGAGGGUGAGACGUCGAGUGGGUCACAUACUGAAGGAUGUGAAAACGGAGUGUGGGGACAGUAACGUGUCAUCUGAUGAAGAUGAUACAGCCUCUUGGUUGCCUGUUCCUCAGUCGCCCUCCUCCCCAACUCCAACUGUCUCUCUCAGGGUGCUACCCAGCCUUUCUACUCAGGACAUGAAAACCAGAGACAAGCCUGAGCUGGGUGAGAAAGAGCUAAGAGCGAUGCUGCACAGACACAGAGAGAAAAGAAAACGACAGCCAGAUCACCCUGACCUGAUGACCUCUGACCUCCAUCUUGGUGAUAUUAUGUCACGAGUCAACAUUGGCAGAAAAGGAUCUGUUACAACCGUCUUUGACCUGGCUUUACCUAAGAAGAAGAUAAAGGAGGAGAGGAGGAAGAAAAAGAUGCGGCCUAUAAAAAUGGAGUCCGAGGAGGUCUGCGAUGUUCAGAUGUCGGCAGCUUCUGUGAACCCAGGUCUUGCCGAUGUCCCCGUUGUUCCUCCACAAAGCGUUAAAGAAGAGCCCAUGGAUGAGUCCCAGACGAGCCCUGACACAGUGGAAGAGAUAGCUAUGAGCUUUUUUUCAUUGCUUGAGGACAUCCUCAGACUGGAAAGUCUAGCAACAUCCUCUGUGGUGGAGGAGAAGGUCCAACAGUGGCAGUCGUCACCGGCCAGCACACUCAAUCCCUGGUUCUCUAUGGCCCCCUGCUGGUCAGAAUUGGCUGUGCCUGCUCUACAGUUUCUUGCUGGAGAGAGCAAAAUUGGUGUAAUGGCUCUGCCUACUGGCUUCGUACCUUUUGUGGAGUUCAAGGAACUUUCCCAGCAAUGGAAAUGGAUAGGUCCAAGUCAGGAGGGAGACAAAGAUCUAAGUGCCCUGUGCCAGUUAUGGCUGGAGUCAAAGGAUCAUGUGAUUGUCAAGCAAGAGGGAGAAGAAACCGCAGAGCUCACUCCUCCAACACCCAGAGUGUGGACUGACUAUGUAGUGAGACCUAGUACAGGAGAGGAAAGGCAUGUUUUUCAAGAGCAGGAGCAGCAGCGUUAUGAUCAGCCGCAUAAAGCCUUCACUUACCGAAUGCACGGCUUUGAGUCUGUGGUGGGACCAGUCAAGGGAGUUUUUGACAAGGAGACAUCGCUCAAUAAAGCACGAGAGCAUUCUUUACUACUGCGCUCCGACAGACCGGCCUAUGUCACCAUACUAUCUCUUGUGCGAGAUGCUGCUGCCAGGCUUCCUAACGGAGAAGGUACUAGAGCUGAGAUUUGUGAGUUACUCAAAGACUCCCAGUUCUUAGCCCCAGAUGUCACCAGCGCUCAGGUAAACACAGUGGUGAGCGGUGCCCUCGACCGCCUGCACUAUGAGAAAGACCCUUGUGUGAAAUACGACAUUGGCCGCAAGCUGUGGAUCUACCUUCACAGGGACCGGAGCCAGGAAGAGUUUGAGCGAAUACACCAGGCCCAGGCUGCAGCUGCAAAAGCCAAGAAAGCUCUGCAGCAGAAGCCUAAACCAGCACCCAAACCUAAGGCAGGUGGCAAAGAGCCAGGAAGUAAGAACGGAGCUACAGAGGCUGGUCAGAGCUCAGGGAGUGAAGGAGUAGCGAUUGCAACAGCCACUUUGUCUCAACCUCCUACUACCCCCACACCAAGCACACCUGGAACCCCUAAAUCACCACUCCCUCCCACAGCAGCUACUCCAACCAAAGUAGGCGCCCCAGAACCCGUCAAAAGCAAUCCCAGUGUCCUGUUGGUGUCUCCUCCUUCCAUGCCUCAGUUAGGAACGCUGCUAUCUGCCAGUCAGCCUAAUCCACAGGUUUCCCAGCAGGCCUCUACGCAGCCUGCAACUCGGGUAGUGGCACACUCUGCUGCCACUGGCUCUCUGCCUCAGGUGCGAGUUGUCACCGCCCAGCCUGGUCUUCAAACAUCCUCUGCGGGACAGGCAGCCACGUUAGUGCAUCAGAGCCCUCACCACAUCAGAGUGCCUGUCACUGUGGCCCACGGAAAGAACAUCACGCAGGCGGUGGUGUCUCUGCCACUAAGAGGCCAGUCUGCAGGAAGUCCCAUACAGGUGCAGGCUUCAAGGGGUCAGGCCAGUCUUACGGUUCCAGGUCUUGCCUCUGCAGUCACAGUAACUAAACCUCAGACAAGCUCCCCUGCCAGUCCGGCACACAACCCAACGUCACCUGCAGUAUUGCAGGGUGUCAGCAGCCAGAAUAUUAUCAAACAGGUUGCAAUCACUGGUCAGUUAGGUGUAAAGACCCAGAGUGGAGCAGGGAUCCCUCUCACUGCCACUAACCUUCGCAUUCAAGGGAAGGAUGUACUCCGCUUGCCCCCUUCCUCAAUCACGACUGACGCCAAAGGUCAGACAGUACUUCGCAUCACUCCGGACAUGAUGGCCACCCUCACUAAAUCUCCAGUGGCCACUGUGAAACUCACUCCAGACAUGCUGAGCAGUGCCACAAGCUCAGGCAGCAAGAGCAUCUCUGCUACAUUACAUGUGUCUCCACCCCAGCCAUCACCUCCUGCAUCGAACACCGCUGCCUCUGCCACAGCUGAGAACUUAGGUGCCAAAGCACCAACCACCCUAGUGAAGGUUCACCCGGAGCUGAAGGCCGCCUGUGAUACCGCCAUCCGCCUCAUGCCCGCCUUGGCCGUCACUAUGGCUGACCCCAAGGCCCGCACGUUCUCAACAGUCACCUCGUCCGAUUCUAAAGCAGGCACUACUAUUCGAAUAGUGCCAAACCUUGGGGUAAUCCCUCAGAAACAAGGUCAGACUGUCUCAAUCAGCACAACCACCACAAGUACAAAGCCUGUUACGGUUUCAUCAGGGGCGGCCACUGUUACCAUAGCCACCAGUGGAGUGGGAGGGGCCAAAGGCGUGACGCUGGGCCCUGCAGGCACAGGCUCUACACUUUCACUGGGCACUGCUGGGGCCACGGUCAGACAGGUGCCGGUCAGUGCUACUGUAGUAGCCACACAAGCAGGAAAACUUCCCACAAGGAUUACAGUGCCUCUAUCUGUCCUCAGCCAACCCUUGAAAAAUAAGAGUGUGGUCACUACUCCCAUUCUUAAAGGGAACUUAAGUACCAAUAUCAGCAGUCUGGGGAGGAACAUUAUCCUGACUACCAUGCCGGCAGGCACCAAGUUGAUUGCUGGGAACAAGCCUGUCAGCUUUGUAACUGCUCAACAGCUGCAGCAGCUACAGCAGCAGGGACAAGCCACCCAGGUUCGAAUCCAGACGGUACCGGCUCAGCAGCUACAGCGCACAGCCGCCAGUUCUCCGAAAUCCACAGUGUCGACAGUGGUGGUUUCUACCGCACCCUCGCCGAAGACAAACCCAGACCCUCAGUGAGACCUAUAAUAGUUAAAGGCCAUAGCUCUAGCCUCUUCAUAAACAUCAUAAAAAAGAA